UAAGGGGCUGGGAAAGCCGAUAGCGGAAGUGCGUCUACGAGCCGCGGCCGGAGCACAUCAGGACCCUCAAGUUAGCCUGCGAGCGGCCGGACGGAGCCAGUUCGCGUCCCGGUAGUCAGGACGGGUCGCUGGACGUUGAAGACAGUGUGCCGGAGCUUUUCAUUAAAACAGGGGGGAUCCCUGGCGGCCCCGGGGAUGUAGCUAGUGCUAUCUUAGCGGAGCGCCUGUCUGCGCGCAGCGGGGUACAAAGACGAGGUGUCGGGCUGAGCAGCCACGGGACCCCGGCUCUCUGCAACGGGUACAGCCGAGUUUGUGCGUGUGUCUGACCUGGCAGUCAUUGUGGUUUGACGCCCUCUUCAGAAAGCGGUGGCCGCAGCUGAUGCUGCUGUGAACGGCAAGGUGUGUUCGUGCAUGCUGGCGUGUGACUGGGUGAAGGGGACUUCAGUUGGCUGCCUCUCUGUGCCUGAGUCGACAUGACGGGCCCCAGGAGGAAGUCCACCAAGACGCAGGGAGGUGGUGGUGGCGGCGGAGGGGCGGAGCCUUCCUGGCAGGAGGAGCCAAAGGACUACAUGAACGAAUUGUCGCACGAAGUGCUCUGCCACGUGUUCCGGUACCUCCCCAUGCAGGACAUCAUGUGUAUGGAGUGCCUGUCGCGCAAGCUGCGGGAGGCCGUGACAUUGUACCUGCGCGUGGUGAAGGUUGUGGACCUGUGUGCCAGCCGCUGGUGGGAGUACAUGCCCUCAGGCUUCACAGACUCCAGUUUCCUCAUGCUGCUGAAGAAGAUGCCGGACCUGGAGCAGCUGUACGGCCUGCACCCCCGCUACCUGGAACGUCGGCGUGUUCGUGGCUACGAGGCUUUCAGCAUCCCGGGGGUCCUGGAGGCACUGCAGGCCUGCCCUAACCUGCUGGGUGUGGAGACCUCUCACCUGGAGCUGGUGGAGGCCAUCUGGAACUACAUGCCACAUGUUCAUAUCCUGGGCAAGUUCCGGAAUCGCAAUGGGGCUUUUCCCAUCCCACCGGAGAACAAGCUCACCAUCCCGGUGGCAGCCAAGAUCCAGACACUGCACCUCGUAGGCGUGAAUGUGCCUGAGAUCCCCUGCAUCUCCAUGCUGAAACACCUCUACCUUAAGUGGGUCCGCCUGACCAAGCCGCAGCCGUUCAAGGACUUCCUGUGCGUGAGCCUGCGCUCCUUCGUGAUGAGGAACUGCGCCGGGCCCACCAACUCGCUCAAGUACGUGCCUCUGGUCACGGGCCUGGCCUCAGCUCGCAACCUGGAACAGCUGGAGCUUGUGCGCGUCCCCUUCCUGGGGGGGCUCAUCCAACACGUGGUGGAGGACAGCUGGCGGUCAGGGGGCUUCCGUAAUUUGCACACCAUUGUCUUCGGUGCUUGUAAAAACGCCCUUGAGGUCGACCUAGGUUAUUUGAUCAUCACUGCAGCUCGGAGGCUGCAUGAGGUCCGCAUCCAGCCCUCGCUGACCAAAGACGGCGUCUUCUCCGCCCUGAAGAUGGCCCAGUUGGAGUUUCCUCAGUUUGAGACGUUACACCUGGGCUACGUGGACGAGUUCCUGCUUCAGUGUAAGAUGAGUCACUCGGGGCUGGUGAAGUAUGGCCUCGCAGACGUGAUCGAGAAUCCCGGGAUCAUCACGGACAUUGGGAUGAAGGCGGUCAAUGAGGUCUUCUCUUCCAUCAAGCACCUGCUGGUCUAUAACUGUCCACACCUCCACAACCCCCACAGCUGGAUCACAGAUCAUUCGCGCUGGAGCAGGCUCGUGGACCUGACACUGGUGAGGUGUCACGCCAUCCGCUUGGAGUCCUUCAGCCAGUUUGUUGAGAUGCUUCCCAGCUUGGAGUUCAUCUCGCUGGACCAGAUGUUCCGAGAGCCACCCAAGGGCUGUGCGCGGGUCGGCCUCAGUGCUGGCACUGGGAUCGGGGUCUCCUCGGCACUGGUGAGCAACCAGAAUUCAAACAACGAGAAUGACAACAAUAACAACGCAGAUGGCGAGGAGGCGCUGGUGGGCGGCAACGAGCACGGUGGGCACGUCGCCCACGAGGUUGGCCAGGCUCCCCCGCCACAGGACCAUGCUCCCAUGGUCGACAUUCAGGCAGACCCGCAGCGGGAGAACAUGGAGGUGCAGUCAGUGGCGGGAAGUGCCUCUGAGGGGGGUCAGCCGGGCCCCAGCCAGGCAGGGGGCGUGGACCAGGAGCAGGCAGGCCCCAGCGGGGUCCAGUCGGCAGUGAGACAGCGCCCUGUGAUGGUGUCUGACUCGGAGAGCGAGGACGAGGACGACGCAGCAAGGGAGGGUGGGCCGGCCCCACCCUCGGGCACAUCGUCUUACUCAGACGUCGGUGAGAAGCUGCCUGAGGCAGAGGACACAGCCAGGCAUAGCGGCAAAGGGAAGGUGCCCCUGCGCCGGAGGGGUCCGCCCCCCCAGGAGCGCAGCUGCGAAAAGGGCUGUCAGGUGACCAGCGAGCAGAUCAAGGCGGACAUGAAGGCGGCCUCGGACACUGCCGAGCGGGGGGGGCGGGUCACUAGGGAUGCAGCGGGGGCCGGCUGCGCCGUGGGAGGCUGCGUCUGCUCCAUCCGCUGGAGGGAGGACUCGGCCAAUCGUGAGGGGAGGGCGGAGCCUGGGGCGGGGGGCGGCGAGGGAGCCGUCAGGACGCGCUGCACAUGCAGCAGGACUCAGGGCGGGGCCAGCGGUGCCAGGGGAGAGGAGCCCGGGCCAGCAGCACCAAUCAGGAACUCUAAUAGUGAAGCCAGCGCUGAUGUGGGCGUGGCAGCGGGUUCCGCGGGCUCUGGUGGCGAGCGAUCAGGUGCGCGGAGCAUGCAGGGCUCUGUGGGAGACCCCGCCCCCAGGGAAGGAUUUCCACGGCGGCCCAUGACUCGAGCCCGCAGCCGACUCUCCUCAGUCUCACUGCUGUCCGAGUCAGAGCUGGCGAAGGCCAAGCCCCGGGUUGUGGGGAAGAGGAAGCGCACGGCAGACAAGUCCACCAGCACCAGUGACCCGGUGACGGAAGACGACCAUGUGCAGGUGCUGACUCUGAAGUCUAAGAACCUGGUGGGGAUCACGCUCACCAACUGCGGCAUCACCGACCUGGUGCUGAAGGAGUGCCCCAAGAUGAUGUUCGUCCACGCAACACGCUGCCGGGUGCUGAAGCACCUGAAGGUGGAGAAUGCGCCCAUCGUGAACCGCUUCGACUACGCCCAGUGCAGGAAACUGAACAUGGAGCAGGUGCUGGACCAGAUUCUCCGCAUGCCCCCUGAAAGGAACCGCAUCAUCUACAUGCGGCCCAUGCAGCAGGUGGAUUCCCUGGCCCUGGAGAGGAAGCUGUUCUGUGGACCAUACCCAUAUCACAUCUGCAUCAUCCACGAGUUCAGCAACCCCCCGAAUGUGCGGAACAAAGUACGCGUGCGGAGCUGGAUGGAUACCAUCGCCAACAUCAGCCAGGAGCUCAUCAAGUACGAGUUCUUUCCUGAGGCAACACGUACUGAAGAGGAUGUGAAGAAGUAUCCUAGCUACCCCUGGGGCCGAGACAUCUAUACCUUGGAGGGGCUGGUGGACGGCGCCCCCUAUUCCAUGAUAACGGACUUCCCGUGGCUGCGCUCGCUGCGCACCGCGGAGCCCAAUAGCUACGCUCGCUAUGACUUCGAGGACGACGAGAGCACUACCAUCUAUGCCCCCCGGAGGAAGGGCCAGCUGUCUGCCGACAUCUGCAUGGAGACGAUCGGGGAGGAGAUCUCGGAGCGGCGACAGGCGCGGCGCGGCGUCUUCCAGCGUGUGGUGGCCGUCUUCAUCCAUUACUGUGAUGUGCGUGGGGAGCCUGUGGAGGACGACUACAUCUAGGGGGCGCUGCCUGCUGCACCGAUGCCUUGUUGCUGUUUACCUGUGUUUACAUGAAGGGAUAAACUGCCUGACCGUAUCCCUGACACUGAUGGCCAUUUGCCUUUUGCCAUUUUUUUUUUUCCGUCCCUCUCUUUCCUUGACUGGCAGAAACCUGCUUCCGCUGUUAUCCGCUGUUGGCUGUGGCCCUAUGCUGGGGGGGCAGGAGAGUGUUUGGCUACAUGGAUCUCACAUGUUCACACACACACACGCAC